CGCGCCUCCCCAGACGCUCCACAGCCCCGCGGAGCUGUUGUUCCCAGAGAGCAGAGCACAAUCAGACGGGCAGCUGGAUUAGACCCACAAAAGAGAAAGUGCUUUAAACCAGUCCCGCCGAAGCAGUUUUCUCUCUUUCUUUCAGUUUUUUUUUUUGGUUCCGCUGUGCUGCUUGUGGAGUUUUUUUUUUAAGAGUGUGUGUGAGUGUGUGUGUGUGUGUGUGCCGUUUCCGCGGUGGCGCUCAGACCGGGUAUGGAUUUACCACCGACGAGACGAGACACGCCGUCUGCUCCUCCAGCGAAGUUUUGACUGUCAGCGGUGCUUCUCGGUCCCGGCGGAGGGAAAAGGGCGCUGCGAGCCGCGGAGGCUGCCGGGACACAUGUGAGGACGUCCGGAGACACGAGCACCGGGGAUACCGGAGCGUGUGUUCGCUGCUCUGUCUCACAUCUCUCAUGGGGUGACCCACAACGAGCUCCAGAGACGUGACUGUAGGACAGGCGGUCUCCCUCCCGGCCCUCUUCCAGUCGUUUGUGGCAUGGACACUCCUCCGUGUGAAUGAGUCUUCACCAUAAAGCCACUGUGCUCUGCCACCCCGUCAAGAUGAAGAGCAAAUACUCCGAGUACUACAAUCAGACUCUGAUCACCGCAUACUAUGCCUAUGCGAAGAACAUGACCCCGCAUGAGAUGGAGGAGCACAUUAAGCAGAAGAAACAGCUCACCUCGCUCAACAUUGCCAUCGUGGUCCUGUGCACCAUCAUCAUCCUCGAGAAUUUGCUGGUCCUGAUCGCCGUCUGGCGCAACAAGAAGUUCCACUCCGCCAUGUUUUUCUUCAUCGGCAACCUGGCGUUCUCCGACCUGCUGGCAGGCUCUGCCUACAUAGCCAACAUCUUCCUUUCGGGCUCGAAGACUUUCAAACUGGUGCCUGUGCAGUGGUUCAUCAGAGAGGGCACGGUGUUCAUUGCGCUGGCAGCGUCGGUCUUCAGCUUGUUGGCGAUAGCUAUUGAACGAUACAUCGCUAUCACCAAAGUGAAGGUGUACGGUUCCACCAAAACAUGCCGCAUGUUUCUUCUGAUAGGGGCUUGCUGGGUGACCUCGUUCCUGCUGGGUGGGCUUCCCAUCAUCGGCUGGAACUGCAUCUACAACCUCCCCGAAUGCUCCACCGUUUUGCCACUUUACUCCAAGAAGUACAUCCUCUUCGUGGUCACCAUCUUCAGCCUCAUACUGCUCUCCAUCGUCAUCCUCUAUGUGAGGAUCUACCUGAUUGUACGCUCCAGCCACCAGGAGGCAACCAACUCACAAGCCUAUUCCCUUUUGAAAACAGUCACGAUAGUGUUGGGCGUCUUCAUCAUCUGCUGGCUGCCAGCUUUCACCAUCUUACUCCUAGAUACCUCCUGCAAGAUACAAUCCUGCUGGAUCCUCUCCAAAGGGAACAUCUUCUUCGGGUUUGCCACUCUGAACUCCGCGCUCAACCCUGUGAUCUACACGCUGCGCAGCAAGGACAUGAGAAAGGAGUUCCUGCGUGUGCUGUGCUGCUGGGGGGUGCUGCAAAGCGGGCGGCCCUCCGACCGCUGUCUGGUCCCUUUAAAGAGCUCCAGCUCCUUGGAACACUGUACCAACAAACACGAACACCAAAUGACACCCAUCAUGACAGACUGUACCACCUGCGUCUGAUCUGGUGCAAACACAUCGGACGGCUUAUGUGUGUGUGUAUGUGUGUGUGUUUGUGUGAGCGAGAGAGAGAGAGAGAAAGACAGCAAGUGUGCAUAAAAAAUUUAAAAAAAAAUCACGCUGUGAUGGAAAAGCCAGAUGUUAAGAGAGAAGCAAAGAUUGCAUGGGACAUAGAACUCUGAUGAGGCUGGGACAGAGCUGUCUGCUGAGACAGAUUACACAAUUAGAUUUUUCUAUAUACACAUAUAUUAUAAUCCAAAUUGUGUGAAAUCACAAUCAGCAUUCAAAUAAAUCGCACACGCAGUGGGUAAUCAACUUUUAGAUGUGAACAGAAAUGUGAAAAAAAAUAGCUUUUUCAUGGGUACUAUGAUUUUUUUUAAAUAUAAACCAACAUUUUCAUUUAUAUGCUUAUCAUCUUGUUCUCUCUGAACAUAUAAACCCCUAUUAAAAACCAAAACCAAAAAUAUAACGUACUUAAUAUCAUAGUUGUAUUGAGGAUUUGUUUUGACCUUUCAUGAACUGUUAUCAAUGCAAAGCUUGCAAAGUUGCACUUUGUAGAUUACUAGAGAGACUUCUGACCUUUGUGAGGUUUAACCACAUGACUCUCCUUUACCGUGAAACAGAUGCAUUCGACUUCUAUACAGAGCCAGAAGCAAUGAUCAACUUUGGUAUCCACUCCACUCCAGGGCUCCUCCUCAGAAUCAGGGCUAUAUAGUCUAUAUAACCUUGCAUUAAACCAUUUGAUAAACUAAAACAAACUUGCAUAAUCUGCUUACAUUUAUUGCAUGAAAUUCUAACUCAUUUGUAAGCUCUAGUGUGUAUCAUAUAUCCCAGCUCCAGCUUCCAUCACUAACACCACUCCUGUCACUUGUCCUAAUCUGUCCCUCUUGCUUUAUUGUUGUCUUUUGUAGGCACUGAUGGGUUUUUUUUGUUGUUGUUGUUUGUUUGUUUUGUAUUCAAUGACAGCUGUCCAGCAGCUUUGACCAAUGGGACUGAUGUCCUGACAGUGUUGUAGCAGCAAUGUGCUGUCUCUGUUUGUGCCUUCCUCUCGAGGGGGAAAAAGGCUGAAUGUAUGUAUGAAGUGUUCGGGGCGCACGUGCUCCAUUGUUGUCAGUAUUAUUGAUCAUCAGUUUGAUUUACCAAGUUAUUGACGAGCAGAGAGUGGAGUGAACAGUGUCCACCACUCUCACUGUGAAGUCCUCAAUAGCACCACGAACAAGAAUUAGUCGUGAACAUCUUGGUUUGAUUCGCUGGCCUGAUGCCAUCGUUUACCACAUCUCCUCUUCCCGAAGACGCCGUCAUCGCCCCUACAGAACGGAAGAAGAUCCGGUUUCUAAUGCACAGAAGAGAUCUGUCCUCCCGGGAGGUCAGCUUCGUCGUCCUCCUCCUCCUCCUCCUCUGACAUCCUACAACACACGACUUCCUACAGCUAUAGGAAGUCCUGCUUUUCAUUGUCCUGUUCCUGUUGUUCAGGGUUGCUCGAACCUUAUUCCCGUAGACACACAAUUCAAACUCUUCUCUCCGUCAGUGUUCGUUAGAUCGACUCUUUUUAGAUGGCUGAGUAAAAUUGGUGAAAAGCACUUUGGCAGCUUCAGUGAUGUUUGCUUUCCCACAGUUUUUUUUUUUUUUUUUUUUUUUUUUUUCCAGAUAGAGAGAUGUUUCAAUUGUAUGUGCUUAUGACACAAUUGUAUGUCUGUGAUUUUUUUUAUUAUAAAUAUAUGAAUAACUAUGUUUGUAAGUAUGUAUGUAUCUCUGUACAGUUUGUAUGAUUGUGUUUGUAUGGAAUGUCUCGUGUGCAAUAGCCUUGUGUCCCCAGUAGCACGCUGCCUGUGUUGAAUUGGUACAAUCUGAAACACUAAUGUAGGUACAUAAACGUUUUGUUAAUUGCAUUCCAGUUUUAUAAAAUAAAUGAAAUCCUGAC